AUGGAUGACGGGACUGUAAGUGAGAAUGAAGAGGAUCGGACUUCGGGAAGUGAUUCAUCUGAAGAAAUACAAAAUCUGGAACUAGAGGCUGAAGAAUUCGAUAUUACCCUUGCGGCAUCACAUUCAUAUCUGAGCCAAGAUCUUGUUGCAAUCACUGGAAGACCUGACCUGGAGCCUGGAUGGACAGGAAAAAUUCCGGUUAUGGCACACCAUGGAGCAGUUUUUCCUGGAGAAACAGUACCGAUGCUCCUCACAGAUGCACAAGAUAUUGCUGUGAUAUCGCAAGCAUUGGAUAAUGAUAAAAUCUUUGGAUUGCUUUGUCCUGAUGAAACAUGUACAUACAUUUCUGGGUAUGGUGUGUUAUGUGAAGUGAUUGAAGCAAGCGAUUCCAAUGACGCACCACUGACAUUGUCAUUUCGGUCUCGAGCAAGUCAUCGAUUUAGGUUCAGAGAAAUGCCAAAGAUGUCAAAACCUAUACACUUGUAUAACAGGUAA